AUGAAAAAUGAAGCAAAACGAAGGGCCUGCCUCAAAGCAAUGCCUUGGAAGAUAAAACUCAUUCGAAACAAAUAUCUGUAUACCAAUAUACUCACUUGCACUAAAAGAACUUGUGGAAAAGGAGCAUGUGGAACAAACUGCUGCGGGGGUUGCAAAGGAUGCGGACCGUGCCCUUGCCUCGGCUGUGGCGGAAGCUGCUGCGGCUCUUGCUGCAAGAAUGAUGUUGAAGCGAUCUACCCGGACUCCUCGGACAAAAACUCGAGCAGUGGCUCAAGCGACGAUCUCUCCCUGAACAUUGAAGAGCAAAAGGUCCACGUCGAAUCGGGUUUCCCUGUCCAUGAAGAAUACGAAGAUACAACGGUCGACACCACUUAUGCCAAGAAACCAGAGCCAGUAACUCGACCAGAGGAAGCCUCAAAAUACCGCUACGCCUCCGAGUACAGUUACGAUGUCCGAACUGUACAUGGAGCAGAGCACGAAAAUGUGACUGUAAAUCAGAAACGCUCCUACACUCAUUUUAUCCACUAA